UGUAGUCGAACGACUGCUUGUACGCGUCCACUUGGUUUCAGUCUCAAGUCGUCGAUCGAGUGAAACAGUCCAAGAAUGAAGGCGGCAAUCGUUUGGAUCUGCGCAGUUGCAGCUCUUUGCGGGUCAAUCGACGGGAGUGUUAUUAGGGUGGAUGGUGCUGGAAGGGGAAACCCACAAAUGUUUGAAGCGGCAAGAUCAAACGAAGACUACUCAGAUUCUAAGGAAAAUGACGUUGAAAAUAAUUUCGAUGGAGCUCGGGUAGAGGAACCGGUGCAAACUACCACAAUGAAGCAAGUACAGGAAUCGACGCAGCGUACAAUCGAUCCGGAGCAGGUGUUGGCAGGAAUUCAGAGCAGGAUCACAACUACCUAUCGGCCUCAUCUUAAUCUGCAAGGUUCAUCGAGAGAUGAGCAAAAUGAACCAAGGCCGGAAACCACCACCGAGUACAAGUACAAGGAUCUGGUUCAACCGUACAUCAUUCCGCAGCCACAAUACGUGCCGAUGAGACAUGUUGCAGGAACGCAUUACGUCAAAGUGGACAGAGGUCAGAAUGAGUACGAUCGGGUCAUGGAGGAUUACAAUCGUUUGUUCAAUCGGAACUCCGGAUCAGCUCAGCCUGAUUAUGCUGCUCCACCGAAAUAUUGAAUUUUCCGGAUAGGCUACCAGAGCAGAUUUUUUAAUGCGAUAAAUCUAGUGAUCUUCAUAAGAA